AUGGAUGUUAGAGAGAAGCAUCGGCUCGGGUGCGGGGAGAACAUUGUAGAGAUGCAAGACUUGGACGAAGAGGACUUUGCUGUGACGAAGUCAUCAGAUGCUGAUGCGGCGUUUGAUGCUGUUAUUGGUAGCAUUGAGGACAUUAUCAUGGAGGACGACUUCCAACAGCUUCAACAAAACUUCAUGGAAAAGUACUAUCUGGAGUUUGAUGACUCCGAAGAAAACAAACUCAGCUAUACGCCUAUUUUUAAUGAAUAUAUUGAACUCCUUGAGAAGUACCUGGAGCAACAACUGAUGGAGAGAAUCCCUGGGUUCAACAUGAGUGCCUUCACCAAUUCACUCAAGCAGCACAAAGAGGAGGUCUCAGGGGAUAUCUUUGACAUGUUACUCACCUUCACAGAUUUCAUGGCCUUUAAAGAGAUGUUCCUUGAUUAUAGAGCAGAGCGGGAGGGACGAGGGUUAAACCUGGGUGAUGGAUUGGUUGUGACAUCUCUUAGCUCCACCUCUUCAGGAACCUUCACCUCCAAUAUGACAUCAGAACCUCACUGA